ACAUCCGAAAGUAAAGUUCAUUGGUUCAAAUCGCCAAGUUCAUUGCUUCAAAACUUGUCAUCAUAUUAAUCCAAGCCAAGUGUUGGAAUUUACUGAGGUUUGGAGUCAAACCGCUUCUGGGCUACUUUACUUGACUUAGUUUGUUUCUGACCAAUAACAACUGAUAUCUCUCAGACACAUCAAACUGAGGCCUUUCCAUUAUGGCUUGUGACCGCAAAAGGUCCAUCAAAUUUAUCAAGGAGAGCCUUCAUUUUUCAACAGAGGAGGUCCAAGUUCUGGAAAAAGAUAAAAAAGAGUUUUUGUACAUCUUUGUGCGGAAUUUUUACGAAAAUGAGCCGUUCACUAAUUUUAAUAGUCAUUACUGGAAUGUGUUGAAAUCCAGAGGCGACGUUGAUAAAUCAGCCAGCACUAUUACAUUCGAGACAGUUUUGAAUCUUCUGGAGAAGAACGUCGGCGGCGCUUGUUUCACCGCCGCAUUCGGGGCUCAGAUAUUUCUGACGCACCUCGGAUUUGACUGCUAUGUCACACACACCUUCAUUGAAAACCGACCUGGCUUCCAAAUUCUCCAUUUCCUUUUAGUCGUCAAGGACUUGGAGAAAGAAGGAGACCUCCAUUUGAUUGAUUUUGGAACACGACUCUCGCCUCUAAAUCAGCCCAUUCCACUGCACCUCUUAGCCGAAGAAGGUCAAGAGUCUGAGAAAUAUGAGUCAUUUUACAUGUAUAACAAGUUCGUCCGACGAGGAGAUGAUAUUUUUCGGCUAACUGGGAAAAUCGGCUCAAACUCGGAUCCGUUUUUCUUCUACGGGAUUAAAGCUGUGCCAGCGCGAUGUGGAUCGAUUUCAGACGACGGCGUCAAUUUGAACUUCGAAAAGUUUCCGAAGGCCGACAAACCAAAAUUGAGCGAGUCGGAAAGAAGCGAGGCUGCGAAAAAGGCGGGAAGGUUCUGGUUCUCGCAAUUUCACGUAGUCGGAUUCCCCGAAGGAAAAGUAUGUGUGUUCAGAAACACAGAAUGGAUGCAUCAAGAUGAAUUGAAUGGUGAAAUUAAAAGAGUGAUUAUUGACAACAAAGACGAAUAUAUUGAUAAACUAGCUCAAUGUUACCCCAGCUACGAGCGGGAGAUAAUCGAGUCGACAAUCAAUUCCAUCUGGGACGGUGUGAUUCAACCAAGGGCAUAACAAAAGUGAACUAGCAAUUUUGUUCAAAAUGAAAUAAUGAGAGAAAA